AUGGCUUCAUCUACUGAAAAUACAACACCAUCGAAUAAUAAUUCUACACCUGAAAUAAAUGAAGAAGCAAAACUACGAGCUAAAUAUGGCGGAGCACUUCCUCGACAACAAAAUAUGUUAACAAAAAAAUUAUUAAAUAAACCAAAAUAUUUCGAUUCUGGAGAUUAUAAUGUUGCAAAAUCACAAGGUAAAUUAGCUGCAAGUAAACCUGAUCCAACAAAUAAAACUAAUAGUAAUAAAGAAGCAAUACCAUCAAUAGUACCGGAAACAAUCACUGGUCAUGAAAUACCAACACCUGAAACAGUCAUGCCAAGAAAGUUAUCAUGUGCUGCUACAUUAACACCACAAACAACACCUAUAAUAAUUAAUAAUUCUAUGUCAUCACCAUCACAUUCACAAUGA